GUCUGGGCCCGCUGGAUGGAAGCGAGCUGGGUGCCGGCUGCCAUGGCUCUGGGGCUCUCCUCCAAGAAAGCUUCCUCCAGGAACAUCGCCGUGGAGAGGAAAAACCUCAUCACCGUCUGCAGGUUCUCGGUGAAAACCCUUCUGGAGAAAUACACGGCCGACCCCAUCGACGACUCCUCCGAGGAGUUYGUCAACUUCGCCGCCAUCCUCGAGCAGAUCCUCAGCCACCGCUUCAAAGGCCCCGUCAGCUGGUUCAGCUCCGAUGGGCAGCGCGGGUUUUGGGAUUACAUCCGGCUGGCCUGCAGCAAGGUCCCCAACAACUGCGUCAGCAGCAUCGAGAACAUGGAGAACAUCAGCACGUCCAGGGCCAAGGGCCGGGCCUGGAUCCGCGUGGCGCUGAUGGAGAAGCGAAUGUCCGAGUACAUCUCCACGGCGCUGMGGGACACUCGGACCACCAGGCGGUUUUACGAUGACGGGGCCAUCAUGCUGCGGGAGGAGUCCACGGUGCUCACGGGGAUGCUCAUCGGGCUCAGCGCCAUCGACUUCAGUUUCUGCCUGAAGGGAGAGGUGAUGGACGGUAAAACRCCCGUGGUCAUCGACUACACGCCCUACCUGAAGUUCACGCAGAGCUAUGACUACCUGAGCGAGGAGGAGGAGCGAGGCAGCGUGGAGAGCAGCACGAGCGAGGACAGCUCACCCGAGCACCCCUACCUGCCCCUGGUCACCGACGAGGACAGCUGGUACAACAAGUGGCGCAAGAUGGAGCAGAAAUUCCGCAUUGUUUAUGCCCAAAAGGGCUACCUGGAGGAGCUGGUGCGGCUGCGGGAGUCGCAGCUGAAGGACCUGGAGGCGGAGAACAAGCGGCUGAAGCUCCGGCUGGAGGAGGUGAUGGUGCAGAACCAGCUGGAGAAGAGGGAGCUGGAGGGCGUCAUCCUGGAGCUGCAGGAGCAGCUGACGGGGCUGAUCCCCUGCGAGAACCCGCAGCUGACCCAGCUCUCCAAGGAGAUGGUGACRCCCCUGGUCAACCAGUGGCCCUCUCUGGGGACCCUCAACGGCAACGAGAGCGGCUCGGACAGCAAACUCUACAGAAGGCACAGCUUCGUGAGCACCGACCAGCUCUCGGCCGAGAACAGCCUCAGCUCCGACUCGCAGCRCCUGGGCGAGGGCAAGCGCGAAGGAGAGCCCUGGGGGCCCUUGGGGAAGGACCCCACRCCCUCCAUGCUGGGGCUCUGUGGCUCCCUGGCCUCCCUGCCCAGCUGCAAGUCCCUGGCCAGCCUCAAGUCCAACGAGUGCCUGGUGAGCGACAGCACGGAAGCCAGCCCGACCCGCAGCCCCAGCUGAGACCCCCGGCCCCCGCGCCGCYCCCCGGCCCGGCCGCCCGGCCCAGCCUUGUGGCACAGGACUGAGCUCGGCCCCCUUCGCCACCCCGGGACCAACGAGGGACUCGCCGAACCCACCGGGAGGCUGGGGAUGGGCAUCCCCCUCCCCAUCGUGACACCCYACCCUGGCUGCGCCUCGGACCCCCGGCCCGGACCCCGGCUGGACACAUGGACCUSUUGGGAUGGGGGACCCGGGCGAGCUGGGGAUGGGGGGAAUGAACUGUGCCAUGCUGGGGGGACACUGGGAGUGAGUGACCGCUGCUGGGGGGCAAAGAGGGGU